AUGGCCAACACCGAAUACUCUGUCCCAACAGAGGCCGAAAAGGUCUUUCGCACCGGCAUCCUCCAGAACCCCCUGAUCACGCCGUAUCUGCCUGAAGGAUGGGAGGCGUUGGCCAGCACCGUCAGCUUCGAAGGCAGCCCUAGCCCCAGCAUCCCCAUCAACUGGCGCUUCGCUGAGAGUAUUUCAGCCCUCAAGGCCUACGAGGCCGUGCUGGUCAAUGCCAUUUUGAAGAAGAAAUAUAACCACGACCCCGUCGAGGUUAGGAUCAACACAGACCAUGCCCAGUUGUUCUUCAUGUCCACUUUACUCUGGCGCCUCGAUCCCCAGGGAGCCGAUCUCAACGCCUUGUCCAUUCUCCAGCCCGAGUUGCGGCAGAAGAUGGACGCUUACUUCCCCGACUGGGAUAAACACGGCUCGCUAGCUUCGCUGCAUCGGAUGGCAGCGACCAACAUCUACAGGACCAAGGAUGAUCGGUUUUUUCAUAUUCAUGGGUCCAUUGAUCCACGCCCGACAAUCGAGUCACUCGGCCUGCCGCAGGAGAGCUCAGCCUCGUCGUUGCAAGAAGCUUUCAAGCCCUACGUGGAGGCGGUGUCGAGAUUCACGGCUGAGGAGCUGCAGGAUCUCGAGACUAACCGGUUCCGCCAGGCAGGCACCAUCUGCUACUCCAUCGACGAGUAUAACAACAGCGAGCACGGCAAGGCGAACGCCCACAUCGGCCUGUUUGAGAUCCACCACCGACCCAACCCUGUCCAGCAGGCGACGUGGUGGCCCGACGCCCCCAGCAGCCCGGGCUCACCGAAGAGGCCUCUCGCUGGUCUGAAGGUGGUUGACCUCACGCGGGUCAUUGCUUCUCCGGCAGUGUCGCGCGGUCUCGCCGAGCUAGGUGCCUCGGUCAUGCGCAUCGUGUCCCCAAACAUCACCGACACGUCGGGCCUGCAUCUGGACUUGAACCACGGGAAAUGGAAUGCCUGUCUCGACCUCAAGGUGGAGGCGGAUCGAGAGAAGCUCCGCGAGCUGAUCCGUGGCGCCGACGUCUUUCUGCAGGGCUACCGUCCUCACGUGCUCGAUAAGUACGGCUUCGGAGAGCAGGAUAUUCUGGACUUGGUCAAGGACCGGGAUCGUGGUAUCGUCUAUGCACGUGAGAACUGUUACGGCUGGAACGGGCCCUGGAAGGAUCGUAGUGGCUGGCAACAGAUUAGCGACGCGAACUGCGGAGUGUCGCUUGAAUUCGGCAGGGCCAUGGGCAACGAUGAACCCGUUACUCCUGUCUUUCCCAAUUCAGAUUACUGUACCGGCAUAGCAGGGACGAUAGGCAUCCUCACCGCGCUCGUGCAGCGUGCUGAGAAAGGGGGAUCGUACACAGUCGACAUCGCCCUGAACUACUACUCCCGCUGGCUCACCUCCAGCGUAGGGGCCUACCCAUCCGCAGUCUGGGACCGCCUCUGGACCCGCCACGGCCGCCCCGUGUUCCGGCACACCGACUCGAUGAUGGUCCUCCUCCCAGCGUUCAUGAAGAUGCUGAGGGCCGACCCCGACAGUGCCGCCGCGCUCUUCCAGCCCGGCUUCUUCACAGAGUACGCCAUCAAACAUCUGGGCGGUGUCACGGUCCGGAUCGUCGCGCCUGUUCUGCGGUUUCCCGGCGGCGAGGUCGAGCCGGGGUAUAAUGUGUCAACCAGGACGAAUGGCGUCGAUCAACCGCGUUGGCCGGAUGAUCUUAGCGUGGAAGUCGUUGUUUAA